AUGUCUGAGCACGGCUCGCCCAAGGAGAUCUUGGUGAACGAGUCCACCCUUGACGUCGCGGGAUCUUCGCGGCAAGAGUCGGGAUCGGAAUCGGAACCGGUGGAAAAAGUCAAGGCGCCAUGGUGGUCGUACAUCUGGGACUACGAGCCCGGCCGGUCUCACGAGGAGCGCGUGUUCAUCCAGAAGCUCGACAUCUUCUUGGUUACUAUGCUCUCGUUUGGGUAUUUCAUCAAGAACCUGGAUCAGACUAACAUCUCGAAUGCGUUUGUUAGCGGGAUGAAGGAGGACUUGGGCAUGAACGGCAACGAGAUCAACCUUGUUGACACUGCGUGGACGGUGGGCUACGUCGUCGGACAGAUCCCGUCGCAAAUCGUCCUAACGAAGGUUCGGCCCUCUGUCUGGGUUCCCUCGUGCGAGCUUGUCUGGACUAUCUUGACAUUCUGCCUCGCGGCGGCUAAGACGUCGAACCACGUCAUCGCCAUCCGUUUCCUUGUCGGGCUGGCCGAGUCAAUUUUCUAUCCAGCUGCUCACACGAUCCUUGGGUCGUGGUAUAAGCCUUCGGAGUUGGGGAAGCGAGCUUGCAUCUUCCACGCAUCCUCAGCCGCGGCCAGCAUGUUCUCUGGCUAUCUUCAGGCCGGCGUGUAUCGGGGAUUAAAUGGAGUUAACGGGUUUGCUGGCUGGCAAUGGCUCUUUAUUAUGGACGGGAUUAUCAGUCUCCCAAUCUGCAUUGCGGGAUUCUUCAUACUGCCGGAUCUCCCUGAAAAUACAAGGGCUUUCUACUUGAGCGAAGAUGAUCGUGCUAUGGCUAGAGAGCGCAUGAAUAAAGUUGGGCGCGCGCCUCGCACGAAGUUAGGGCUAUCCACCUUCAAACGCAUAUUCGGUCGAUGGCACGUAUAUUUGCUCACGAUAUUAUAUAUUAUAUUCAUCAAUAUCGGACCGUCGUCAAGUAUCAACGUUCUAGCUAUUUGGCUGAAAUCAAGAGGAGAAUCAAUUGAAAGAAUAAACAUCAUUCCCACGGCCAUGUCAGCCAUCCAGCUUGUUCUCACCGUCACACUAGCCAUUGUGUCCGACGCUAUUCGUCAACGGGCCAGUAUAAUGUCCAUCAGCACGUUCAUCGGCGGCUUUGCCGCUCUAGUCCUAGCCAUAUGGAAUGUCCCCGACGGCCUAAAAUGGUUUGCGUUCCUCGUUCAGCGCGCUGCGGUCCCGUACGGACCUCUUAGCAUGAGCUGGACGAACGAGAUAUGCGGCGCAGACGCCGAAGAGCGGUCCAUCGUCAUUGGAAUUAUGAAUUCUAUGGGCUACGCUUUUAAUGCCUGGGUGCCCUUACUUACGUACCCUCAAGUAGACUCCCCGAGGUUUAGGAAAGGGUUUAUUUCCUCGACGGUCUUGUUUGGUGCGCAGGGUAUCAUAACGGCAAUAGUGGCGUAUAUGUAUAGGCGAGAUCAAAAGAAGGAUAACCGUAGAGAUGAUGCUCCUGGUAUUGGAGAUGAAGGGGGUGUUAUCGUGAGCUCUCUGGAUCGCCCCUGA